GGAAGGAUUAAAUUAUCUGACAUCGUAUUGAUGAUUUUGCAAUAAAUCACAAAUUAAAAUCUGCUCAAUUGCAUUGUGGGAUGUUUCGAGCUACUUUCACUUUUAGUAGGAAGUGUCGACUGCAGUACAUGAGAAAUUUGUUCAGGCAUUACAUUAUAUCUCUACGCUUUAGUAGGCUGCAAAGAUUCUUUACAUUACAAGUGUAUCAGGCGAUACACAGCAAAAUGGAUGACGAGGAACGGAACGGACACCAGGGUGAGGUUGGAACCAUAAGAAUUGUGGAAAGCAAUGACAGGGAAGGAUUUCAUCAUGAAACAUUGCCAUGCAAUAAUGAAGAUCACGACAGGAACCAGAACACUUUUUCACAUAAGACUAGCAAGAAGGAACCAGCAGUAGAGGCUGCACCAAGCAACAUUGUUCAGAUAAAGUGUGCAACUCUGCAGGUCAACGAUCAGUUACAGCAAGUUAUAACACUCCGAGUUGAAAGCACCCAAGAGCAGAAGCAGGAUCAAAUGACGCCUGACCAUGAAGCGAUCUCUACAGUGGACAAUGAACCAGUACCACUUUCAUUCCCAGAGAAAUCCAGCACUGUGUAUAAGUACGCCACAACACUCACAAAUAGGCAGCGAGGAAAUGAGAUCUCAUCACUCCCGGCAAACCUGGAUACACUAUCAAUUCACCAGCUAGCUGCUCAGGGAGACCUGGCCCAACUAAUGUCAAAUCUUCAACAAGGGAGCUCAUUGCUCAAUAUAGCAGAUGAACAAGGCUUCACACCACUCAUGUGGGCAGCAGCAUUUGGAGAAAUGGCUGUUGUGAGGUUCUUGCUCCAGAUGGGCGCUGACCCACACACUCUGGCGAAGGAACGGGAGAGCACGCUGUCUCUGGCUAGCAUUCAGGGAUACACUGAUAUUGUCCAGCUACUCCUUGACCAUGGUGUGGAUGUCAACAUUUAUGACUGGAAUGGUGGAACUCCAUUGCUGUAUGCAGUGCAUGGGAAUCAUGUGCGGUGUGUGGAAGCUCUAUUAGCCAAAGGUGCAGAUUUAACAAUGGAGGCAGACUCUGGUUACAGCCCUAUGGAUCUGGCUGUGGCCCUGGGCUUUAAAAAAGGCAAGGCUCAUUGUUCCUUUCAGCUCAUUGACAGUGGCCCCCUCCCCCAUCAAAUUUUCUUCUCUCUCUCUUGAAGACUUACGCUCUACAGACAGGGCUAUUCACUUUCCAUAGUGAGGCCUGCAUUUGAGAUGGUUUGAAAUGGGAGUUUGUUAACUUUCCCCUCAGCUGGGAUGCCCCACCAAUGGUGCAGCUGAAACUGAAUCAGCCAGGAAUUCUACCAUUUGCCUGCUAUCCUGUUUUGGGAGGGAUGUGUGUGAGGUGAGAGCACACUGGGGCUAAAAUGAGCUGGGCACGAAUCAAUAACUGUCAUCAAAUAGCAAGACUUACACAUUGGUCACUUAUGAGAAUCGCUUGGCAGUUGAUGCUGGGCCUGGUGUCCAGAUGGAAAAUGUGCUAUGAUUUAUGCCAGAACUCUCUUUGCCCAAUGUACUCUAGUGGCUGGGGGUCAGUUGGAAAAUGUCAAAACUGAGGAUGAUGGGUUUUUGUUCAGCAAAGGUAUCCAAGGUGGGCAACCCAUGGAGUUAAGAAACAAAUCAGACUUGAUCAAAGUUAAUGGCUAAUUACUGCUAAGGAGCUGAAUAGUCUAUUUCUGUUCCUAUGUCAGUUCUUUAAGAAAGAGAGGAGAGGAGGAAGGACAGAGGAAAGGGAAAGCACAAGAACAUAGCAAAUAGGAGUAUGCAGUUUAGUGCCUUGAACUUGUUCGAUCAUUCAAUAAGAUCAUGGAUGAUUGUCCACCACAACUUCAUUUUCUUCUCCUUUCCUCAUCUCUUCAAGAAUCCCUAGGGUGCAGCAAGAGGUCAUUCACCCCAUUAGAUCUACACCAACCAUCCAACGAUCAUCUCACCCAGACCCUCCUUCAUAACCUUGCAUGGGGUUUAUACAAUGGCCAAUCCAUCUAACCUGCACAUUUUUGGACUGUGGGAGGAAACCUACACAGAUAUGGGAAAAACAUGCAAACUCUGCAUUGACAGUCACCCGAGUCGAGAAUCAAACCCAGGUCCCUAGCGCUGAGGCAAUUGUGCUAACCACUAAGCCAGGGUGAAGCCCCUUUUGAUUUUUAAAGAUGUAUUGUCUCGAACACUCUCAAUGAAAUCACACCACUAGGUAAGUGUCCUUAUCCAUGAUUUCUGAAAAAAAACACGCUUUUCUUAUUUGUGUUUUAGUCCAACAAGUAAUUGAAAAUCAUGUAUUGAAGCUACUUCAGAACAACAAAGAGUGAUCAUGAAGUGGAAGCAAUGGAACCAGCCUCAGGGUGAAGUAGAGCCAGUGAACAAACACUAGUCAAGGCUCUCCUGCUCUACAGACUACAUGAACUCUGCAGCAAGAAGCUCAUUUGAAGCAGCACAGGUUGCUAUCCCAUUCCACCCUAUCUCAGUCCAAAAUAAAUUCAACACACAGUAAGAUCAUAGGAAACAACUGAAGAUGGUUUCUAGUGAAUGGCAAACCAAAUGAGUGGGCCGGUUACUGAUGUAAUUGUGACUGUUUUAGCAAACUGCUCUUUAAAUCGGCACUGGUAUCUGACUAAACUUUACAAGUUAGUCUGGGGGUUUGUUUCGGAAUGGACUGCCUGUAAAUCUCCACAGUGUAAAGACAUUAAUUUUAAAAAAAUUAAAGUUUUUUUUUCCAGA